CAGAUCUUCUCUCCUUUACUCAAGAUGACCGUACAGACCCUCACUCCUUUCUACCCAUACGACUAUAUCAUAUUCUACAGAUGGACAUCCCCGGAUGGCACCUAUGAGCGGGGCCGAGUCAUUGCCCGCCUGGUAACAGAGAUGCUCAAGAAACGAAGUCGUCAGGUCUGGCUCGACCAACUCGAAAUGCAACGAACAACAACACCGACACAAGUCGUUGGGAAGAUUGCGGAAAUAUUUCUCAAAGUGCCCCAGGUGAUUAUCCUUGCUGGCCCGGGUGACUGGCUCCGCUUUUCCGAUUCCAACGAUAUCCACCGAUGGGAGUGGGAAUUAAGUCUUCAGAGUGACAAGAAAAUCUGGCUCCUGCAAUAUGGGUUACCCGAGGGGAUGUGUGCAUUGUCUGAUACAGAGCUAUCAAAGAGCUUGCGAGGACACUGCCCUCGGAUAGCUGAAUUAGCGAGCAAAAAGGAUAUCCAGGCACGGGUAUUAACUAUGGAUAAUAUUGAUGAAAUACUUAGGGAGAUUACUGAGGCCUACUAGCGUGAACCAAGUUAGAUAGGUGCAUGGUAGAUGCGGAGAAGGAAUAGGGCCCUGAGGCGGUUGGGACUGUGGGGGGUUAAUCAGGGUCCAGCCAUCGAUGGUCAGACCGAGACCAGGGAGCCACCGGAAGUCAGCGUGUAUUGCACAGGCUAUAUAGAGAAGCACCUGCCAGUGUACGCACAAUAUUCAAGAAUAUACCUGCAUUUGUCAAUUGGAUGUACAUCGUUCAGUUCCUACUUCCACACGAUAGCCCUUCACGAUCAAUAAGUUCAAUCAAGUAUUGGUUAUAUUUUCAGUUCAGACUUGUCUUGUUUCUCUAUUCAUUACUCAGCAAUGCGUUCUUCUU